AAGAGGUGAACCGUCCGAUUUUGAAAAUCGACGGCUUUCAGACUACAGUCCAGCGCAAGUGGGACCUGGUCGGCUUGCCGAAGUUUCGGGACUCUGGAGUCGCUUUUGGAGAGAGAGCUCACAGUCAUGGUGGCAGAAAAGAAAGGCUUCGAGAUCGUUCGUCGUUCCGUUUUACGAGGCGUGGUGAAAGGCAAUGGACGGCGGCGGCCACUGCUCAGUGACGACCCCCUGAGGACGAUAUUAGUGACGCCCCUGCGCUUCCAAGUCGCACCUCUUUUUGCAACUUAUCAUUCAUUAGAAAAAAGCUGUGGAGUUUACUAGGAAAGCGACAUCCAAGCAGGUUAUUUGAGAUGUACUUUCCAGUAUAUCAGAUUCGAUCACGUUCAGAAAAACCCAGUAUCUUCCUUCCUGAGUAAGGCUGCUUCUCUGUGUGAUUUGGAAUAGUUAAAUGAGAAUUGACUACUUUUACCCAGCUUGAGAUUUCUGACUUUCUGUAACAAGAAUCCCCAAGUAAGGCCUAAAAAUCAAUUGGUCCUUUCUUUUGUAGGCUGUGGAGUUUACAAGGAAAGCGACAUCCAUGCAGGUUAUUUGAGAUGUACUUUCCAGUAUAUCAGAUUCUAUCACGUUCAGAAAAACUCAGUAUCUCCUUCCUGAGUAAGGCUGCUUCUCUGUGUGAUUUGGAAUAGUUAAAUGAGAAUUGACUCCUUUUACCCAGCUUGAGAUUUCUGACUUUCUGUAACAAGAAUCCCCAAGUAAAGCCACCCACAUUUGAUUCACUGCUCCCUUUUGGUUGUGGAAUCAUUCCACAUCAAUGCUUUUACGCUUCCAUCUUACGGGUGAUGAUUAUCUCUUAAUCUCUCAAACACCACCAUAUUAAAUACUAUAAAUAUCACUUUCUUCAAAUCGUAGUCGACCAUAGAAAAAGAUACAGCCUUCUUCUCCUUUUGCUUCAAUGGCUGCCAUUGCUUCUUGUUGCCUCCCAGAUCUUUCGGCCUGGAUCACAGGCCUGCCUCCAACUACCCAAUGGAAAACAGACCUACAGUCCAUCAAUAUCUGCUCUUCCAAAUCAAACAAAAUCUCACUCAAGUUCUCCGUCAAGAGGAACCCCAGCUCAGACCCUUUUGUAGUCUUCUCCCUGUUGGCAGAUUUCCAGUACCCUGUCUAUCUUUGGAGUUCAAACUCAUGCAGGGUAGACAACAAGUCCUACUCCGUAUCCAAAGACACCAUGAAGGACCUCUUCUUCAGCUUCAUCAAACAAGUACUUCAGUAUGGUCCUAAAAAGAACUCUCACCUUGUUCUUCCUUCGUAUCUUAGCACAGCCCAUGAGCAGAAAUUUUUCCCUCAAAUGCUUAACCUUGCUUUUGCUUCACUCCUUCUGUGCGUCUGCGUCUAUGAGGCUCCUAGUGAGAUCAGAUCCAACUGCAUCCAAACCGUUCAGAAACACCUCUCCAACUCAAAAAAAUCCCGAGAAUCACUCAAACUUCUUGUUCAGCUGAUGGGCUCGAAUCUAGAAGAGCAAUGGAUGCGAUCCAUCCAUCUAGCUUUAACCAACACUGUUGGCUCAGACCAAGCCUGGCUGCGACCGGACCAGGCUCGCCGAUUCCUCAAAGGAAAUGAUCCCAACUCACCCUACCAGCCAUUUUCGUACUCCAUCUCAUCUGCUGGCCUGUGGAAGGUCCAAUUGUACAGUCCAAUUGUUGCAACCAGAGUUCAGAACUCAUCGAAUCGUAAUGUCGAUGAUGAACGCCUGCUUUUCUCAUUGAAACACCAACACCUUGAAGCAGUUUUCCAGUUGAGCUACAGUGUCAACUACAAGAACCAGAAUUGGAUUGAGAUCGUUGUUGCCAUUGAUAAUGUGAGAUGUGACAUAGUUCCUCUGGUUUCAGACUAUUUGAUGGCUGAGAGAGGGUUUGGAAUCCAGGAGAAGCACUUCCCUUCUCGAAUUUCUCUCCAACUCAAUCCAAUUCUGCAGAACCAUGUUCUUUCUGUCUCAGUGAGCAAGUCAUCAGACAAUCCAACAAUUGAGCUGGGGACAGAGAAGAACAUAGAGGGCGGAUUUGAUGCACCUGGUACCUACUUUGGCUUGAAAGUAUCGACGGUUGAUACCAUAAGCAUGAGUGUGAAACCAUGGAAGUUUGAGCAGACUGUGGAUGGCGACACAGGGAACCUGAGCUGGGUUCUUUACGAAAUCAACGACUUGAAAGAAAUUUCUUCGUCAAGGCCAUCGAAGAUAUCGUUCUUGAAUCCCAGAGCUUGGUUUAAGGACAGGUAUUCAACUGCCUGUAGGGCAUUCACCAGGCAAGGAGGGGUAGUUUUUGCCCGGGAUGAGUAUGGAGACUGCAUUGCGUGGAAGGUGAAGAGAGAAGCCAUGGGAACUACAAUGAAUUGGGAGAUCAAGGGGAGCAUUUGGUUCACAUACUUACCCAACAAGCAUAAUACAUUUUACAGUGAAACAAGAAGUGUGGACUUCACCGAGGUCCUCCAACUUCCACUAUGAAACAAGUGUACAUGACUUGAUAUACCAUGGAGUUCAUGGAUGUCUUUACUACUAAACUAAGUGACUGAAAUGUUAGGUUUGGUUGCUGUCAAAUAUUGUUCGAGUAAUUUUCACUUACUUUGAUCAAAGUUGAUUCCCUGUAUAACAGAGUGGCUCUACCUGCAAGUCUUGGCAAGGUGGAACAAAAAAUUGCAUCUUAGAGUAAAGGUUCUUAUGUUGCUGAUUACUAUCUCACACAUGCCUUAUGUUACUUAACAAACUUGU